AAUGGUAUGAAAUAACGCAUCUGUACAAUGUAUCAUUUUCAGUCAUAACAUGGAAGUGUAACCGUGCCGGACAUUGGCUGGAAACAACUUUUUGGACUGGUUAGAGUCGCGGGUGGGAGUCGUGGGAGUGGCCUGCAGCGGUGUCCGGUUCUAAACUCCCACGUGGUGGGCGACUUGAGCUUUACUCACCACCACAAACUUCACUUGUGCUCGACUCAUGCAACAGGGUGGGCCGCGGACUGGAGCACACUGACCUCAGCAACAUGCCGUCUUACCCACUCGACCAGUUCGCUGGCCUGGAUCUGGACAAGAUUAUGUGCAAGCAAUUGUUGAGCCUUGAUCUGAAGGAUCCGGACAAUCAGCUGUCAUCGCUCAGCAGAGCAAUGAAGACACCAGGCUUCAUCAGUCCGCAAUGUAGCUGUGACACAUCACUCUCCCUCAGCAGCCUUUCCUGCCUCGACACCGGCACCCCAGACAAUGUCUUUCUGUCCUCCAACAUGUGGGGGCAGCAGCCAGAGAACCAUAAACCUUCCCAUCCUUCCAGCCAAUGGCGUAAGCAAGGCUUUCUGUCUCAGCGCUCGGUCAGCAUGGUGGAAACCGGCAGUACCGCAGCAGCAAGUCUAGGCUGGCCUGGCGCAGACAUGAUGACGAUGAUGAUGAAGAACGGCCAGGAAAGCACCAGCCAUACUGCACUGAACCCCAGCAUGUCUUCAUCCACCCCCUCUGUUUCCUCCGCCUCAUCCCGCUACAAGACAGAACUGUGUCGCUCUUUUACAGAGAGCGGUAUGUGCAAGUAUGGAGGGAAGUGCCAGUUUGCCCACGGGCCCGACGAGCUGCGUGAUCUUAGCAGACAUCCGAAGUACAAGACAGAGCCAUGCCGCACCUUCCACACCAUCGGCUUCUGCCCCUACGGGAUCCGCUGCCACUUUGUCCACAACAACGAGGAGGAAAAAAAUCACCUCUCCCACUCCUCUUCCUGUUUCUCCUCCAGCUUUGCCUCCCAGUCCCUUCCCUCUUCACGCUCCAACAGAAUCCCUCUUAUCAAACAGAGCAUCAGCUUUGCUGGGUUUCCUUCUACUCCACAGCAUGCCAUUGCUCCUCCUCUUCCUCCCUCCGCCUCUUUCACACGUGCUCAGUCUGCAUCUCCUCCUUGUGCCGACAUUACUGACCUCCUCUCUCAAGUCUUCUUGGAGAUGGAACCUACUACUCUGGAGGCCUCUCCUGCCCCACAGUACCAGCCCCCCGCUGCCGCAGAUCCACGCUCGCGCUUCCUGCCGUCCCCAGACUCGGGUUGUUCUCCGUCUGGUCCAUCUCCAUCCUUGUCUCCGUCCCUGAGACAGAGCCCCAGUGCCUCAACGCUCUUCUCGCAAUCUCUUGGCACACGAUCCCCGUCUUACACCUCUCUGUCGGACCAGGACCAGGACGGGGGAAGCUCGGCCAGCCCGCUUAGUGGAUUGGAUUCCUGCGGUGGCAACAAUGAAGGAAAACGCCUCGCUGUCUUCAGUCAGCUCUCAGUUCCUUAGGACACAGCUGAGUCGUGCCAUUUAGGCGUACCAUAGACACACUGAUUCUCUACCGACUUCCAUAUAAAUACAGCAGACACGUCAUGAUCAUACACACAUAGCAACAGAUACUCACUUUUUUAGGUUCCCCUAUCAGGUUGACAAAUUCAUUCUCCGUGGGUUAGAAGUUCUACGAUUCUCACUUCACCACUCUUGUGAGAUGAGUCAAAGCCGACAAUGUUCAGCUUUCUAGUCGGGCACAUUAAGCAUGGCGGGAUCAGGACCAUCGUGUGGCCUAACAUUUUAGGAAGUGCCUUGCAGUAUUGUUUUAUAAGCUACGUUUCCUUCCUAACAGUGUGAGGUUUUGUUGAGGUUAAGGCCUUCAGGUGGUAGGCUUUAAAAAAUGUUUUUAAACCACUUCAGAAGUACCUGAAGUGUUACUGUGCAGGUAAUGUUGAAAGCUUUUCUAUUUUGUUCCAGAAAGGUAUGAGGGGGUGCAUUUUUUUUCAUUUUUUUCUCCCUCUUCACCAGUCAAGAGUUGCACAUCUGUCUUGGUUAAUGACAAAACAAUCACACGGAAAAUACUAAACAUCAGUCUCAUUUUAAAAAUGACCUCUGAAAUCGGAUCGUAUAUCCAUGUUGGAUGCUGUAAUUUUCACAAUGUACUAAUAAUAGAAAUUCAGAUUGCGUUGAUUCAGUAAGACAGAACAGUCCAACUAGUUUGCAUCUUGUUUAAUCGGUUAAGAUCAAAAAGGAGCUUUUGACUUGAAGUGAUCGCUCAAACAUUCCAACAUUUGGGAUUUUGUCUUUCCAGCAGCCACUGUUCUUUUGACGAGCAUGUCCCAUAACUUUGUCUCAUUCAGUAUUGACCCUCUUUGUUCCGGUGUUGUAACUAUUGCGCAGCGUUUGUUGCCUCACUUGAGACACAUCAAGCGCACUGUAGCUUUUUGUAUGCUAAGCCUUUUAGAAAUGUUAUCAGGCUCUGUUUUUGUGUGUUUAAUGUAUUUUGUUAGAUUUGUCUGCUAUUUAAAAGGACCUUUUCACCGUGUUUUUGAGGCUUGCUUAGUGUGAUAGGUGAUAGUCUUUAGUAAAUUAAUUUCUUUAUAAUUUAUUUUAACAUAUUUAUAGAGGACUUUGAGUUGUUAAUGCUUGUAUCAAGUUUAAUAUAUUUGAGUUUAUUUUGCAUUUUUUGUACUGGAAAUAAAGUUGUUUUUUUUUUAUUAUAACAGUCUUGCUGACCUCAUUUAGACUUUCUAUGCGGCUUGAGGCUGUGUUUAGGAUUAGUAUAGUACUAGUAACAGUUUAACCAAUGGGCCACAACUACAAUAUCAAAGAUGGUAUCAGUUUUGAUUUGCCACUAGACAAGAGAUAUUUGAUAUUCGCAGUGCUUUACAUUAAAAUUGGUGAAUUAUUUUUUUAAUAGCAACUUAGAGCAGUGUAAUUCUACACCAUUGCAAGCUUCAACCACAAUAAUAAAAUUUCAUUUUCAACAGUAAUUCUCGUCAGGGUUCAGGGUGAACUGCAGCCUAUAUGGUGAGUUACACCCCUAGCCUGAUCACAAUCAAUUACAGGUAUAGAAUUUAAUACACAAAGUGAAAUACUGACCAUUAUUGUAUGUGUAUAUAUAAACAGGUUGCACAGUGGAUGAGUGGUUAGUCUGUAGGCCACACAAGAGAUUGAGAAGACCUGGGUUUGAAUCUCCACUUGGACAUCUUUGUGUGGAUUUCUCCCUGUGCAUUUCUCCCCAGGUACUCCGGUUUCCUCCCACAUUCCAAAAACAUGCAACAUUUGAGCUAAUGUGCUUUGUUGAUCCACUUUAAUGGCACAUAAACCAACAUUCUAUUGUACUCUUGCUUGUGGAUGCCUCUUGGGCUACAUUGUAGUCGUCUUCAACAACCAAUUUCGAAGUUCUUGUGAGUGGCCACACAAAUACAAACGUAAAGGAAUGUAAUCUGAAAUGGCCACUUUGCAGCAAUGUUUGUUUUUCUUGUCGGGUUGUUUGAGAGUGACAGUAUAAAGUCUGUCGGGGACAUCUGUGUAUUUACGUGUUCAAAGAUGUGCAAAACUGAAGAGAAACAAGCACUCCCCAGGCCUGCUGGAGCCAGUGUGACAGCAGGCUGCUAUGGAGAUCCCAUGUGGAGAUAAGAAGUCUUUUGUUUGGGAGUUUAAUCUUACCAAGCUUGGUCUCCCACCCAUUUCCUUUCUCCCUUAACUUGCCACCAAGCCAGUCCAACCCCCCCACCCCCCUACGUCUUCCCUUUCUUUCCUUCAGUGAUGUCUCCUUUCACACCGUAUACUCAGUAGUUUACAGGGCUUCUGGGAGCCAUUGGCUUCAUUAGCACAACACUGCUUUAAUUAUUAUUGCCUAUUAUUGGACUUUAUGAAUCCCCCGGGCGAUGGCGUUUCUUUAUACUUUCUUUUUCAAGUAUUACACAAACGCACAUGCACAAAUGUAUUCUGUACAAGGGAGAAUGCGUUUCAUCCAUGCUCAGGGAUUGGUCCUUCAAGGGUAUCUCAAACAGUGAUCAACCAAAUACUAUGCUGUAUAAUAUAUAGCUAAUUUAGACUAUCUGCACGAGAAUGAACAUUUUAUCCAAAGAGCAAUAAAUACAGUGAAAAAUUAUAUAAAUAUCUAUACCAUCUUGUAACCUUUAACAUGGGGGGGGGUGCGUGGGAGUGAUCUGUUGCUGUAAAGGCAUGUGUGUGCGUGUGUGUGCUCAAAUGGUGUCUGUGAGCUGUAUUGUAUCUGAUAGACAUUCUCCCACACUGUUGCCCUGUGGGGUAUAGAAUAGACAAGCAGAUGGCUGCAUUCAGGACCAUCACAGGUCAACAUAUGGCCCAUAAAGACAAAGGUUGUGCUUGGGUGUGAGAGUGAGAGUCAUUCCCAAUAUGCCUGAGUGGAGAAGAAGUUGAAUGACCAGAUAAAAAGCGGAAAGAAGUCAUCUCAGGAGCAAGUGUUAAAGAAAAAAAAAUGAGGAUAAGCACGAACGACAUCCUGUGAGUUUAGUCAUGGAUAACGCAACAAUAAAACAAUACCAAACAAGGCUCAUGGGACCUUAAAUCUUUCCUUGA